UCAGAGAAACUCCAGACAGAGCUGGCUUCCUCAAGGGUGAUUGGACCUUCCCAGCCCAUCCUUGUCCGAGUCGGAGAGAACAUAGAAAUAACAUGUCACCUGUCACCUGAAGCUGACGCUCAGAGCAUGGAGGUGAGGUGGGUCCGGUCCCACUACUACCCCGCAGUCCACGUGCAUGUGGGCGGGGCCCACUCAGCGGGAGAGCAGAUGGCAGAAUACAGAGGGAGGACUGUGGUGAUGAACGAUGCAGUCCACGAGGGAAAGCUGACCCUGCGGAUACACGAUGCCCGAACUUCAGAUGAUGGGAAGUACCGGUGCCUUUUCGGAAAAGACAAUGUCUACCAGGAGGCCCGUGUGGAUGUGCAGGUGAUGGCGGUGGGCUCCACCCCGCAGAUCACCCAGGAGGUCCUGAAGGAUGGAGGCUUGCAGCUGAGAUGUACAUCAGAUGGGUGGUUCCCACGGCCCCAGGUGCAGUGGAGGGACAGAGGCGGAAGGGCUGUGUCAUCGGUUUCCGAGGUCUUUCAUCAAGGGAGCCAGGGGCUGUUCCAGGUGGAGACGCUCCUGCUGGUCACAAAUGGCUCAGUGGUGAAUAUGACCUGCUCCAUCAGCCUCCCUUGGGGCGAGGAGAAAGCUGCAUGGUUUUCCCUCUCAGACUCCAAGAUAGCUUUGUUAUGGAUGGCCCUGCCUGUUCUGGUGCUGCCUCUUGCCAUGGCUAUUGAUCUGUUGAAGGUGAAGCGCCAUCGGAAAGACCAGAAACACCACAACAAUCAGCUGGGGACCACCCUCACCUGUGCACAGCCAUUUUAUGCCAUCGCCUUCUGGACCCGUCGUGAACCGGCCUUGUCCUUCCCCCCUGGAGAUGAAGGCUCUCCAGCCAUCCCUCAAGCUGCCUGUCUGUUCCCUCUGCUCCUCCUGGUGUCCACCGGAGUCUCAGGAGAUGACCUCAAGGAUGACUUGGGUGAGUGUGACUUCUCCUCCCUCUCUGUAGCAUUUGCUUCUCUUUAUCACCACUCUGGCUGGCCGUUCACCGAAUGUUAUUUCUUUCAGAUCAGCGAUCAGCAGAAGGCACUGUACAGAAAAGAUUGGAAGAAAGCCCUGCUGUACCCUGACUGGAGGAAGGAACUGUUCCAGCUGGCUCCUGUGAAGAUAAAUCAUGAAGUGCCUGACCAGGACAAAUCUGGCCCAAAGACAGAAAAGAGCGGCAGAGAGGAGACCCCAGAGCCAUCUCUCAGCAACCCUCAAGGAGACCACAGCAUCAUCACGCUGUACCAGGAAGGCUUCGUGUUGGGGAGAUACUACUGGGAAGUGGAUGUCGGGGACACUGAGGAAUGGACACUAGGUGUUUAUGAAAUGUACACUCAGGAUGCACCAUCCAAAGAAUCACUGAAGAAAUUCAGAGUCUUGAAGAAGAAGGGAGAUGAAUACAGGGCUCUUACCUUCUCUUCCCAAAACGUUUCUCUGGAAGAGCCUCUGCUGCUGGAGACGUGAUCACUGGAGAUCACAAUCUUCCUGGAUCAAGAGGACAAUGACCUUUCUUUCUACAACAUGACUGAUGAGACCCACAUCUUCUCCUUCGCCCAGGCCAGUUUCUUGGGAUCGCUCUAUCCUUACGUCACGCGUCACGCCAGGGACCACUCUCCCUCACACAGUCCCAAGUGAGGCACACAGAGAACUCAGUGGGUGGCUGCCGCAGCAUGUCUGCAAACUCCAGGACUCUGGUCCUCCUGGGCAGGCACAGGGAACUCUGGCUGGGAGGCGCCUUGCCUGAGACUCCAUGAGCCUCUGUGGCCAGUUUCUGGACAUCAAGAUUCUCAGACUAUCAGCAGAAAAGACAGCUGUGCUUUGCAUGGUGUUACGAUUGUUAACAGUCUUCCUUUUUGAUAUAAAUCUGUUUAAUCAUUCCUAAGAUGAUUGAAUCCACGAUUUCCUGAAUCUGAUAGCACAUCUGCUCCCUGCUUAUACAC